AUGUUCAUGAACCAACUGCCAGUCCACACGGCCCAGACAGUUGUUUUGUCCGUGUUAAAGCGGUUGUUUGUCCCCCCGCCGCGUUGGACAGGAACCUUCCAGCUGUGGGGUCACUCCAUCCAGGUGGACUGGGCCGAGCCGGAGAAAGACGUGGACGAGGAGGUCAUGCAGCGCGUCAGAGUCCUUUACGUGCGUAACCUGAUGCUGAGCACCAGCGAGGAAACCCUGCGCCAGGAGUUCUCCCGCUUCAAGCCGGGCUCGGUGGAGCGCGUCAAGAAGCUCACGGACUACGCCUUCAUCCACUACCGCUGCCGCGACGACGCCGUCACCGCGCUGAGCCUCAUGAACGGCGCGCAGAUCGACGGCGCCGCCCUGGAGGUGACGCUCGCCAAACCGGCCGGGGUCAAAGAGGGCAGCGUGGCCGGGAGGCGGUACAACAGCCGGGGUUACCUAGGAAACAACAACAACAACCAGGCCGCCGCUGGAGGGAACGGAGGAGCAGCGGCAGGGAACGGGACCUUUCUCCUGCACAGGAACGAUGGCGGGAUGGUGGGCGGGAUCGGGGACACGUACUCCCCGAUGAGGACGCUGUCCCUGCCGCCACCGCGCCUCGGCAGCCCCUUCUACGGCGGAGCAGAGGACCCAGACCGCUGUGUGUUCCCUCUGUUUCCCGGGACGCCCCUCUCCCCGACCAGCCUGCUGUCUCUGAAGCAGAGUCAGAUCACCUCGGCCGUCAGCCUGCUGGACUUCUACUGCCGCAAGAACUACUGGUCGCCGCCCGAGUACCACCUGUACUCCACGCCGGGCCAGGACGGGAAGCUGCUGCUCCUCUACAAGGUGGUGAUCCCAUCGACACGAAGCACCUACAUCCCAGACAAGCUGUGUGUGCUGCUGGAUGACGCCAAAGAGCUCGCUGCACAGACGACCAUGUGGAACCUAGACUCGUCCUUCCUGAACGCUGCUUCCUGUGAUUCUCCCAGCAGCUCCUCUCCUCCGCUCGCCGUCCCGCCCUCUGCCACCAGUCCCGGGCAGCUGACGUGCGGCGGCAGAGCCUUCGCCUCGUGCCUCCCCCCUCCUCCCCCGCCCUCCCCCUUCACCCACUCGUCUCUGUCCACGCUCACCCCCACCUCCUCCCAAACGCAGCGCCUCUACAUCAGCUCCCAGUCGCCUUUCUACUGACGUGACGGAAAGACGUGACGUGUUGUCGCAGGAGAUCCAGCGGCGAGGGCUCGAAGGCCCACAGGCAGGACUGUCUAUGAACACACAAACGGUUUAAUGUCCACGCAUUUUGUUUCAUCCCUCCCUCCCUCCCUCCGUUAUAAAUAAAUGUAAUCUCAGUCCGAGAUGAAGGAGGGAGGGCGGGAGGGAGGGAGGGUCGCUCCGCCGCUCGGCUCCUUCUCCUCCAUCGCUUCUGAUUCAGAAAAACAAAGACAGGCGCUGUUUACAUUUGACAGUAAAACGGGACAAAUCCAACUGAUACAAACGUCUCUUCUCGACCGUCUGUUAAAUG